AUGGUACCCAAAGCUUUGGGCCUCAGGCUGCUCUCAGCGCUUCAGAAGCGUCAAGAUGCAGCGUGCUCAGACUAUUGCCCCUUUGGCACCAUGACGGUUGGCCUUGCUCCGACAGAGACUGUUGUGCAGCAGCCUAUCCGUAUUUCGGGCUACUUCCCUACCGAUGGUCCCAUCACCUUGGCUCCCAAUGUUGUGGCAACCAUAACUGGUGCACCGGGUGUCAUUGACACUGUCGUCACGAUUGCGACUAAUAACGGCUCGACGAAUACCAUCACAAUUUGUCCUGGAAGCCAGUCCACUGGCCCGACCAACACUGCCACUGGAGGCUCAACUGAGACAACAUCUGGCACCAACACUGGAGGCUCAUCUGAGACAACAUCUGGCACCAACACUGGAAGCUCAACCGAGACGACAGCCACCUCCACAUCUGGGACGGACACUGGAAGCUCGACUGCUACUGGCACUGGCAGCUCGACUGCCACUGGUACUGACACUGGCAGCUCCUCUGCCACUGAUACUGGAAGCUCGACGGGCACUGGCACUAACACUGACAGCUCCUCUGCCACUGCUACUGACACUGGCAGCUCGACUGCUACUGACACUGGUAGCUCCUCUGCCACGGACACUGGCAGCUCGACCGGUACUGACACUGGCAGCUCCUCUGCUACUGAUACUGACGCUGGUAGCUCCUCUGCUACUACCACUGCCACUUCUACCACCAGCUGUGUCACUGCCCUGCCAACUGUCUGUGCCACGACCCUGCCCCAGGCCUGCCAGGCACUGGGCAGUGUCAGCGGCCUUGCGCUUCUUCCCCUGGUUCCUCUAUGCACCACUGCUCUCGGUGCCUAUGCUACCGUCGGAGGCAUCGCGACGUGCCUGUCCGCGAGCAUCACCCUCACCACCUCGGGAGCGAACCUUCUCGCUUGCCUGAACGCAGCCACGCCAACAAUUUGCAUCUCCCAGCUUCCGGCCCCGUGUCUCGCCAUCGGAACCGAUCCCAUCACCCAGGCGCCGCAGAAUGUCGUUGCUUGCACCGCAGCCCUCGGCCCGUUUGCUGUUGGUACGGCUCUCAACUGUCUCCAGCAGGCCAUCCAAAACCCCCUGUCUAUCCUGACGUGUCUGCGAUCGAGCAUCGGAGUGGGAGACCCGACUGAGCAGAUUUGCACGUCGGCUCCGGUCUCCUCGACCAUCGUGACAACGCCGGCUAGCACGGCGACUGAUGCGUCGUCGUCGUCGUCUAGUGCCACGGCGGAUACGUCUGAGACCAACACCUCGGGUACAUCCGCUAGUGAGACAAACACCUCAGCAGGAACAUCGGCUAGUGAGACCAGCACUGCAACGGAUUCGUCCGCUAGUGACACUAGCAGCUCCACAGAGGCAACUUCCACAACAGAAACUUCUAGUACUGAGUCCAACACUUCGACGGCAACCACCACGAGCAGCAGCUGCGUACCAACCACACAGGCGCCAGUCUGUGCCACGGGGCUGCCCGCACCAUGUGCUGCUCUCGGCUCUGCCAAUGGCCUCACUCUGGUUCCUCUCCUCCCUCUCUGCGCCGCCACCCCCGCCGGUCUUGGCGCUACCCAGACGGCUGCAUGCCUGGCCACGACCAUCACCUUGACGACCGUUGGUGCCGACAUCGUCGCGUGUCUCAACCAGGCCAUCAGCUCGGUCUGCAUUACCUCGCUGCCUCAGGCUUGUCUUGACAUCCCUACCUCACCUGCCGUCAACCUCCCUGGCAAUGUUGCCGCCUGCACCACGGCCCUUGGUCCGUUCCUCGUCGACGCCGCCGCCACCUGUCUCACCACGGCCAUCACCGAUCCCUUGAACGUUCUGUCGUGCCUGCAAACGGCCAUCGGCCUCGGAGAUGGUAGCGGAGGCUGCCCUACGUCGUCGAUAAACACAACGCCGGUAUCGACCGCCGCGACCGCGAGCUCUACUGAUUCCGUUGCGACGACCUCGUCGACAGAGGCCACGAGCUCGGCGACAGACUCUGCAAGCUCCACCACUUCUAGUGAUGCUAGCUCGGCCACGGAUUCUACGAGCUCGACUACUGCGAGCGAAACGAGCUCCUCGUCGGACACUGCGAGCUCGGCGACAGACUCUGCAAGCUCCACCACUUCUAGUGAUACUAGCUCGGCCACGGAUUCUACGAGCUCGACUGCUGCGAGCGAAACGACCUCCUCAUCAGACACUACGAGCUCGACCACGCCCAGCGAGACCAGCUCGUCGACGGACACCACAAGCUCCGCCACGUCCACCGAUACCACUUCGUCGACGGACACCACAAGCUCCGCCGCGUCCACCGAUACCACUUCGUCAACGGACACCACAAGCUCCGCCACGUCCACCGAUACCACUUCUUCGACGGAUACGACUUCGUCGACGGAUACCACAAGCUCUGCCACGUCCACCGAUACCACUCCUAGCUCGACUAGCUCGUCGACAGACACAACAAGCUGUAUCCCCACCCCCACCGGCCCGGCCCCGUCUGCAUGUGUGACUGCUGUCCCAGCCGCCUGCGCAGCCAUUGGCAGCCUCAACGGCCUGGCGAUUCUGCCCGCUCUCGCCGGAUGCACCCUCGCUCUCGGACCGUAUGCCAUUGGAAACACCGCCACCUGCCUGGCCACGAGCGCCAUCAGCUUCACCGCGAGGGGCUCUGACGUCGUCGACUGCAUCCUCACCUCCCUCAGGAGCCGCUGCAUCACCACGCUGCCCGACGCGUGCACCAGGUUGUCCACCGGGUCCGGCCUUGCGCUCAUCCCCGACGCUGCCCUCUGCGUAACCGCCCUCGGCCCCUUUGCCGUAGGCACCGCCCUUACCUGCCUCUCCACGUCCUCCAUCACCAGCUCCACCUCUGGAACAGGCAUAGUCACCUGCCUGCAGACCGCGCUCGGCCUGCAGCCCCCUACCCCGACCAGCGGUGCCGCGUUCUGCACGCCUACGAGCACCCCCGCGCCGAGCUGCUCCGUGGCGGUGCCUUCCGCGUGCCAGAGCAUCGGCACGACCAACGGCCUUGCGCUGCUGGUCCAGAUCCCGCUUUGCGUCACCGCGCUCGGAGUGUUCGGCGUCGGCAACGCGGCGCAGUGUCUCGUGACGACUGACAUUUCUAUCAGCUCAACGGGCUCCAACAUCCUCAACUGCCUCACGACCGCACUACAAGCGCAGUGCCCGAGAGCGCUACCCUCGGCUUGCACUAACCUCGCUACUGACAACGCUGCCCAGCUGCUGAUUGACAUUCCGCUCUGCACAGUCGCACUCGGGCCAUUCGCUGCCGGUGACGCGCUGCUAUGUCUCUCGACGACAAGCGGGCUAAGCGGGCCGGCUGUUGUUUCAUGCUUGAAUAAUGCGCUGGGUAUUAUUGUUUAA